AUGAAAUUUCUCAGCUAUGAAAAAUUAGUACUCAAGGAGUGUUCGUCUGAGCCACAUCUUCUCAUGAUGGCAGAAGGAUUAAAUCUGCCAAAAAUGGUGAUAACACUUGCUUCACUCUAUAACUACCCAGAUGCCCUGUGUCUGAUAAUCAAUUCCAACGACAAAUUCGAUACGCUAUUCGCCAAUGAAUCAUUUACGUCUCUGAAAACGUAUAGUACACUUAAAAGAAUAGAAAAUUACAAAAUAGGCGGUGUCAAAAUAUGCCAGGCUCAGGCACUUAUUUCUGAUUUACUCAAUAAAAGCCUGGAUGCAAAGUUGAUUUCUGCUAUAUUCGUGGUAAAUGCCGAGGAGGUAAAGGAAAAUUCCAUUACUGCGUUUGUAUUGCAUUACAUGGCGCUUAACUCGAGCAACACUGUGAUAAAAGCAUUCACAGAAGAUGCCAUUAAAGUGUCAAAAGGACAUUUUUAUUUGGAUGACUUCCUUGGUGUUCUGAAGCUACGCAAUGUUGUACUCUUUCCACGUUUUCAAAAGGAUGUAAGCGAAGAAUUGAACACGUCCUCGGAGUUUGUAGAAGUGAAAAUGAAAAUGAGUGGUUGGCUCGAAGAGAUCCAGCUGUACCUAAUGGAUCUCAUACAAAGCGUAACAAAUGAAAAAGAAAAAUACAGCAAAAAAAGGAUCUCAUUCAAUGAAUAUUACACUAGCAAAAAGGUGCAUGCCACGGGAUCGGACGACAAGAAAACAACAGAGCACAGCAUACCGGUAAAUGUUCUCAAUAACAUCAGCCAAACGUUGCAAAGAGAUCUGGGCAACUUAAGAAGAAGUCUUGGUUUGUUGUUUACCUUAGAUUUGAAUUAUUUUAUUGCAUUUUUUACAGAAAUCUACAACCAAGAAAUAGCAAAUAAGGGCCGAACAUGGAUACUGAACACAGCAUCACAUAUGGUGAUGGAGGUGAUAGAAAAAAUAAAGGCAGAAAAAGAUGUACCGAACUGGUCGAGUAUAUCAGUAAACAACCAUGAUGAAUACGAUUUAAAGAACGCAUAUGGGGCGGUAGAUGUGAAGCGAAUGAAGCUUGAGGAUAAAAAGGGAAAUAAUAACGACUGCAAGGAGAGCAAAACUGAGCUGGAGGAGACCGAUACCGUUACAAGCAGUAAAACGGUUGGCUUAGAGACGGCAGAACAGGUUCACUCGGAUGACCGUGCUACAUUUCCUGUCACGACGAGCAAAGAUCGUUGUAUUCUCAAAACUGAUAGUCGCAAAAAGAGCGGCUUAGAUAUCAAAAAUAAAAAAUUGAUUGAGUUAAACAAAAUAUUAUCAAAACAUCCUGAGGAGAACGUACUCAUAGUAUCAAGACAUGAUCAUAACAAGGAAGUUGUUUUAUCACUAGAUGUGGGAAGUCGAGUAAAAUUUGCAAAACACAACGAUUUGGAUGUAAUACAGCAAAACAUUGUCGUUCUUGUGGAUUUUAAUCUCGGUACAUUCAGAAAAAUAGAAAGAAUGCGGCGGAAAAUGCUGAUUUACUUUCUCUACUACAAGGAAAGUUAUGAGGAAGAACAAUAUGUAAGAAGAAUUAGAGAGGAGAAGGAAGCAUUUGAGCGCUUUAUAAAUGAAAAGGCCAAGCUUGGUUUGCAAGACUUUAAUUUUUUUAUUGAUGUUGAAGACGAGCAGUUUGAUGUAGAAGAGGAGGAUAUAUGCUCCUCAAAAUCAAAAUACAAUGUUCUCGUAGAUUUCCGUGAGCUACGCGCUUCCCUUCCCUUUUUUCUUUACAAAGCCAAAAAUAACGUGCGAGUGGUGUGUUUAGAAGAAGGAGACUACCUCUUUGACAAUUUUGUGGUUGAGCGCAAGACUAUUUAUGAUCUCAUAAUGAGUCUGAAUAAUGGUAGAUUGUUGUCACAGAUGACACGAUUAUCCUCUAACCACAGCAAUUAUUAUCUAUUAGUAGAGUAUGAAAGCCAACUUAGCCUAGCCGCGUAUAGCAAUAGGAACGAAAUUUUCAAAAAUAGCCUGAUUUCUAAAUUUGUGCUUCUUGCUAUCAAAUUCACAAAGCUAAGAUUUAUUUAUACCAACAACGAUAUUCUAAGUGCAAAGCUUUUAAGAUGCCUGCAAAGAAAAGAAAUGGAGAAGGAAAGGGUGAAUCAGCUUACAAUCGAUCCUUAUAUGCUCGAACUGCUUCUGUCUAUUCCUGGCGUAAACUCGUUUUGCAUACGAAGGAUACAACAGAACUUUAACAACUUGAAAGAGAUGAUCUGCAGCAGCGAGGAAAGACUAGUACGAGUUUUGGGAAACGAGCGGGGCAAAGUAGUGUUUAAUUUUUUCAACAAAUAA